AUGCCAGUCGGGUACAUCCCCUACACCCUCGCUCAUGCUUAUCUACCACCUCCCCCCUCUCCCCCUUCCUCAAUUCCCGAACUUCGCGUACCCACCUCCAGACCUUAUCCCUCAACCUCUGAAGCCUAUUCGACACCUCUACAUCCUGAACAUGCCACCUCGGCCAUCCGAGAUCCUAUCACUGGUCUUCUCGCUCGAUCCAUCGUCAACGGUCUCGUCUUAGAACUUCGUAAUUUGGAUCUGUACAUCAACCAGGAUCACGAAUCAAGCGGUGCGGAAACAAUUCGAAUUUUCUUUCCAGAACCUCUUCGACCGCUCACGGAAAAUUGUAUAAUCCCACAGGUUCACGAUGGUGUGUUACACGUUCUGGUGGUCUCACAGGCCAAUGUGAUAUAUCGCUUGUCCUUCGGAAUGGGCGGGUCGAGAGUGGGAAAAGGUAGUAGAGUAUCAUUCGAUCUUCGGAACACCGACGAAUGGUGUGAGGAAUAUGUGGUACCUGAUGAGACUGUAGCUUCUUGUGGUGGCAUCGGAGCCUGGAUAGCUAUCGAUGAGGAUGAAGUAGUGUUGGGUUGCGGGGAUGGAGGGAUAAUUCGAUGUUCUCGAAGUCGUCGGUGGGCGAAGGAUGAAGCUACAUGGACGGCAGUUCAUCAUAGAGCAUCUUCAAGAUUACGUCUACCUUCCAUAUUCUCACGCUCUGCCGCAAGUGAAGAACAGGUCAUAUCUUUCGCACGAUUCGAUACUAGCGCAAAUACGACACUGUACGCUGUCUCACGAGAUCAAAAGCUUCGAGUAUGGACCACAUCCGGGUCUUUGUUGAAGACUAUUGACCUUCGUACAACUCUCAACUCUUCUCAGGAGUUGAUACUACGUAGUCAUCAGAACGCCGCAAGUACUAUAUCGACCAAUACAUCUGAAACUGAUCUUAUACCCUUGAUCCGUGUCGUGCAACAUCCCUCCAAGUCAUCUCGCUACUCCCAUCUGGUGGUCGUAUUCGUUGAAACCCCUCACAAUUCUUCAUCCGGAACUUUUGUCGUUUAUCGCGCGUCGGGGACUGAUUUAAACUUCGCUGGUGAUCGCCCAACAUCCACCCAUUCUGCCAAAGCCCAAUUACGAAGUUUCGAAAUCCUGCCUCCAUCACCAUUAGAAGGCUUCGCAGGAUGGCGUCUUUUUGUCUCGUGGGAUCUUAAUGGAUCUUUACUGGCAGAGACGAUUUUGAUGGAUGAUCUCUUCCAAUUUACGACUUAUCAUGAACCGCCAUUUACUUCACCACUGGAAUCAUGGCAGAUUUGUCAUUCCCACAACAACGUCGAUUCGUUUGAUCCUGCUUACUUCGACAACAUCCUCUCGCUCGAUCCCCCAAAUCCACAAGAGCCUUACGAAAAUCAAGAUAUCUCUCAAACAUUUCUUUCACAUCUUUUCUAUCCUGGACGUUUCUCCAUCCUCACUCUCCAAACCGCUCUCGAGGAAUACAUAUAUCAUCUAAGUGACCGCCACGCUAGACCAGAGAUCCUCGCUGCUUACCCCACCCUCCCACAGAAGUACAUCACAAUUGUUGGAUGUACUGUAGAGAUGGAACUGAGUCCUCAAACUGGUGCUCCUAUCGUCGAUAUCUAUCGACGUGAUGUGAAGCUAGAAUGGCUUGGUGUAUGGGCAAGAGUUCGGGAUUUGGACAAACAUGCCUCAUGGCCACUCUCCACGACUAUGCUACACAAUCAGCCCGUCGUGCUGACUCGCGAGGGAGUGAAGGCUUUGAUAUCGGAGGAUGUAGGAUCACUUGUCGAUCGCCUAGGCUCCUCUUUUGAGGAAAGCCACGUAAUAGCAAGUAUGACGGACGGGUCCUUCAAAAUGACCUUACCUAUCUUGGCUUAUCCGGAAGCUCGGAGAGGGAUCCUGGCAGUGUCCCUAGCUGGGACUUCUAUCUCCCAAGUGCUUCAACAAGAACAACCUGAUUUCGAAACAUCACCUAUCACAGCAUUAUGGGAAGAUCUCAGUACUGUUCUCGCUGCUGGGUUUCAAGAACCUCCUGAAAUUCUAUCGGGUCGGAUGUGGGAUGACUAUCUCGACCCAUGUUUGACUGAAGAAGAUCGGAAUACUCUCCGACGUAUAUUGUCCGAUACAUCUUCACCUGUUCGAGCACUUAAUUCGACACUUGAUAUCUUAUCUGAUUUCAUCAUUCCAGGACAGUCAUCCUCACUCGACGCACUAUCUUUCUCGGGUUUAGGAAAUAGUCUCAUCUCUUCCAUUCUUCAAUCUACCAUUAUAGCCAGAUAUUCUUUGGCAUGCAAGAUCAUCCUCGUUUCUCUCUUCCAUCUCUCCGAAUCUCCUGAUCCGUCAACUGAAGACGACGACGCUGAGGAAUUAGUCCAUCUCCUCACUCGGGGGUUGGUUGCCUGGCAUCGAUAUCAUAUUCUCAAAUUCUUAGUUGAACAAACGUCCCAAGAAGCUAUCGAAAGAGCCUGGUCGAGGAAGAGUAAAAGCAAAACAACAAGAGAUGUCUUGUCAGAAGGAUUCGGAGGUUUGAAAAUGCAAGAUGAACCUUUGACGCAAACCGAUUCUGACGGUUAUCCCACUGAAGGAUCUUUGAUACAUUCUUUACUGGCCGAUUUGUUAAGGGUGACUCCCUCGGAUGGUGGUAUCAGACAAGGAGUGAUGGAUUUCUUGAAUGGUACGAAAGUGUUAGAAGAGGGACAAGUGGAGUUAGAACCUGGGAUAGGAGAUUAUAGGUUGGUUUAUGCUAUUUGUGUUGAUGGACAUCCCGCUUUGGCAAAAGAGAUGAUAGAGAUGUGGCCUAAAGCAGCGAGCUUGAUUUAUGUAAAAGCCAAUGCCUCUGUGGCUCUUGGAGAAAUUGAUGAGGCUGUGAGGUUUUUCGAACAAGCUGCGAUAUGGACAAGAGAUCCAUCCAUCAAAUACCAUUCUCCAGUAUAUUACGGACCUCAAGGUUUAGCUACAUAUUACGAUUCUGUUUCCAAGAUCUUCGAACAUCAACAUGCUCAUGUGGCUGUUGUACACUUUGGUCAAUUAUCGUUACAGAAUGGCGUGUCGCUCAAUUCAAACCCGAGGGAAAUAUGGACAAGGGUCUUUCUGGCAAACUUGGGUUUGGAGAGGUACGAAGAUGCUUAUAGUACCAUGUUGUUCGCUCCUGGAGAAUUGGGAUUACGCCGAGACUUCCUCGGUCAACUCAUUUCGGUCAUGUGUGAAAACAACGAAGUUGGUCGUUUGACUGCACUCGGUUUUAUAGGUUUGCAAAAAGAGGUGGAAGCUUUACUAGGGUUCAAAGCUCGUAAUUCGGAUCCAUUGAGAUUCCCGAAUUACUACAAAGUGUUGUACAGUUGGCAUAUCUCUAGAGGAGAUUAUCGUAGUGCUGGGGAGAUUAUGUAUCUACAAGGAAAACGAUUAGGCGAGAGUCCGCCUGGGAAAUUAUCAGCUUUUGAAAUGUCUGCUAUGCAGGCUAGAUCUUAUUUGGCCGCUAUGAACGCUUUGUCGUUGGUAGACAAGAAGAAUGCUUGGAUAUCCUUUCAGAAGCAGCGUGAGGGGAAACGAUUGAACAAACGACGGAAAACAACAGCUUAUAUCCCUGAAGAAGAAUUCUCUCCUUCUCAUAAACCUAUCGACCUGAUCACUCUGCCCGACAUUCAGGCAGAAUAUUCUCUCGUCUUAUCACAAUUACGUCUAUCGACUCAAAUCAAAGAUCUCAACCAACAUGGAGUCUCGGUCUCUGCGGACGAAGCUGUUGGAUUGUUGGUACAACGAGGUCUGUACGAUCUAGCUCAAAACACAGCAAGUAGUAUGGGGGUGGAUAUGACUGAUCUGUUCCAAUCUCUAGCAACGAGAUGUGUUGAGUUAUCUAGACAACGUGAUCCUUCUUUCUCUCCGUCUUCGGCCUUUUUACGUGAAUCAUCCAUCACUUCACGUUUACGUGGUCCACCUGCCGCUUUGGCUCUACGAUACCUCGAAGUCUCUUUGUCAAGACAUGACACGAUGAAGACUCAAUACAAAUAUCGCGAGGUCGUGGCGGACACUUUGUUCGAUUUGAACCGGGAUAAAAACCUAGGAUGGAAGAUGCCAGCUUGGUUGGUCAAUUGGGAAAUGACAAGGAAUCCAGAAGGAUGGAUAAGUCGAGCUUUGAAAUGGGGUUGGGUAGAGGAAGCUUUAGACUGGACCGGUCAGUUGAUCAGAAAUGUUCCGCCAUCGGAAUUAUUGCAGAAGGGUAGAGGAGAUGUGACGAUUUUACCGUGGAACUUGUUGGAUAGGGUUUUGGCGGCUGCGGGUGAAGGGGAUGAAGGGAAGGAUGAAGAGGUACAGAACAAGGUGAAAAAGUUGAAAGAAGCUAUACAGAGAAGAAAAGUUGGUUUGACGAGGUAA